GCAUCUAGUGGCAAAAUAGUGAAACUUAUUGCAAUCUCACUUCGCGACUAUGAUUAAGAUUUUCGCUUAGGCUGUAAUUAUUAAAUCGUUUGUAAAAUGUUUCAGAAUUUCGUGACAUACAGGAUUAGUUUAGUGGGUAUUGCUCGCUCCACACAGUCCCAAAGAAGAUUUAGAAAUGGCUCAAGAGAAAAUUCUUUAUCACGUAAUCCAUUACUACAUACAACCUGUUAUCAUUUACCAGAUAUACAAAAUUCAUCGAUUCGUUGGUAUUCAAAUCCUGCACGAAGACCAAGUUUCUUUACUCAAUUUGUUGAAAAUAUUAAACAAGAAAUGCAGAAAAAUAAAGAAAUGAAGGAAUCAUUAAAGAAGUUUCGUGAAGAGGCACAGAAAUUAGAACAGUCCGAAGCAUUACGUUCAGCGAGACAGAAAUUUCAAGCAGUGGAAUCUGAAGCUUCCAGAAGUUCCGAAGUUAUAAAAGACAAAUUGGACACUUUAAAAGAAAAAGUACAAGAAGUCAUCGAGGAAGCAAGUAAAUCUGAAUUAGGUAAAAAGGCAGGACAAAUAGGUGAGGAAAUAACUAAAUCGGCGAAAGGAGCAGCAGAAACGAUUUCUGAAAAGAGUCAAGCACUUGGAAAAACAGGAGCUUUUCAAACAAUCUCACAGACAGCAGAAGUUGUACGCGAUGAAUUAGAUCACCAUGGAAUGCAAGGAAGAGUUUACGUACCACUUACUAAAUUAAGGAAAAGAAAAGAAGUAGCAGAAGUAUCUUUAGAUGAAAAGCAAGUUAAACCUAAUAUGGAAGCACUAGGAGUUGAAUUACAUAAAGAUUCGAAAUUUUUUCAAUCUUGGCAAAAGUUUAAGGAUAACAAUCCAUAUAUGAAUAAAGUAUUGGAUUGGAAAAUCAAGUAUGACGAAUCAGAAAAUCCUGUAAUUCGUGCUUCUAGAUUUUUUACGGAGAAAGUUAGUGACAUGGUUGGUGGUAUGUUUAGAAAUACAGAUUUGUCUGAAACAUUAACAGAAAUUUGUAAGCUAGAUCCAAGCUUUGACAAAAAUCAAUUUUUGAGAGAUUGUGAAGUAGAUAUUAUACCAAAUAUACUUGAAGCGAUGGUUAGAGGAGAUUUAGAAAUUUUAAAGGAUUGGUGUCAUCAGGCACCAUAUAAUUUAUUAUCACAACCUAUUGUAUUAGCACAAAAAUUGGGAUAUCGUUUAGAUAAUAAAAUUUUAGACAUUGAAAAUGUAGAUCUACGAAUGGGUAAAAUGAUGGAACAAGGUCCAGUUUUAUUGAUAACAUUUCUAAGUCAACAAAUUUUCUGUAUAAGAGAUAAAGAUAAUAACGUGGUAGAAGGAGAUCCUGAAAAAGUGAUGCGCUUUAAUUAUGUUUGGGUAUUAUGUCGUGAUCCAAUGGAACUCAAUCCAAAAGCUGCUUGGCGUUUACUUGACAUUAGUAUUGCAAGCACCAGUCAAUUUGUAUAGUCCACUGAUUCUAGAUAAAAUUAAUAUUUUAUUUAUAAAAAAUUGAUGUUAAAUGCGAUUAAGUUUUCUUGAAUGUCUUCUAAUUUUUUUUUUAUACAAUGGAACAGCACAUAAUGGUUGAUUGAUUUUCUCCUAUAAAAGUUGAUUAUUAUGAAAUAUUUUCUCGUACAAUGUCUGUAUUAAAUUUCAUAGUAUUUAAUGAUAUUAUUUCAAACAAAAAUGCUUCUUUUACUUCUUAAAAAAGUAAAGAAAAAAAAAUCAAUUGAAUAGUAUCUUCUGUACACAUGAUGUAUUAAAAAUUACACAGUUUUAAACGAAGAAUAUUUACGACAAAGAUAUAGGAAUGGAUCGAACAAAUAGGAAUAUAUAUAUAAAUAUAUAUUUUAAACUUAUAUUUAUAUAUGUAUAUAUAUACCUAAUGUCGUGAACGAUAAAUAUGAGAAAUGAAUAUUCGAGCACUGAUGUAUGCAUGUUAUUUAACAUUGUUCAAAUGUGUAUACAUUUAUGUAAGAUAAUUUUUGUAUACAUAUCUUAAAAAAUUUUAGUUUUAUUGUCUCUGUAUAUAUGCGAUUAUUUCAUUAAGAAUAUCUAUAAUAAAACAAUAGAUUACUUUUUUAGAUUCAUGAUGUUUUUUCACCUUUGUUAUAACUAAUAGUUAUAACAUAUUACUUUGAACAAGUUGAAGAACGUAUAAUUCUGUAUAUUGCGAUAACGUUAAAUAAGAAAAAAUAACAAAUG